CAACAAGAAGACUUGGGACUCUGUGGACUCUGCUCACUGCUGAUCGCUGUAUUCAUAUGUCGUAAAUAUGGCGCUGUCUUGUGCGAUUUCCAACGAGGUCCCGGAGCACCCGGUAAUCUCUCCGGUUUCUGGUUCUAUUUUCGAAAAACGGCUUAUCGAAAAGUAUGUUGCGGAAAAUGGAGUGGAUCCUAUAAAUGGGAAAGAUCUUGCAGUUGAGCAGCUGAUUGAUGUAAAGGCUACGCCUAUCGUAAAGCCAAAACCACCGAGCGCAACAUCUAUUCCUGCAAUUUUAAAGAUUCUGCAAGAUGAGUGGGAUGCAGUAAUGUUACAUUCAUUUACUCAGAGACAACAGCUUCAGACGGCCAGGCAGGAGUUAUCCCAUGCUUUAUACCAGCACGAUGCAGCCUGCAGAGUUAUUGCUAGAUUGACGAAGGAAGUCACUGCAGCCAGAGAAGCACUGGCCACUCUUAAGCCACAAGCAGGCAUUACUCAAGCAACUGUUAUUCCACAACCGUCUGUUGCAGUGGAGGCUGGUGGUGCUGCAGCUCAACCAACUGAACAAGCUGGCAUCACCGAGGAUGUUAUUCAGAAAUUACAAGAACGAGCCACUGUUUUGACUCAAGAACGAAAAAGACGUGGACGUUCUAUACCGGAAGAUCUUUUACCACAAGAAAGCAUCAGGGCAUUCCAAACACUUGCUUCACACCCGGGAUUACAUUCCGCAAGCGUGCCAGGAAUAUUGGCACUUGAUAUACAUGGGGCAGACACCAGCAAAAUCCUAACCGGCGGCGCAGACAAAAAUGCAACAGUUUUCAAUAAGGACACUGAACAAGUAGUUGCUAUUCUUAAAGGACACACCAAAAAGGUCACACGAGUUAUCUACCAUCCAGAAGAAGAUGUGGUUAUGACUGCAUCACCUGAUACGACAAUUCGUGUUUGGAAUGUGGGAACAAGCCAAACGACUCUUUUAUUGAGGGCUCAUGAUGCACCUGUAACUGGCCUAUCCCUUCACCCUACAGGAGAUUAUUUGUUGAGCUCAUCUCUCGAUCAGCACUGGGCUUUUUCGGAUAUACGUACUGGUAGACUACUGACAAAGGUAGCUGGGCAAUCUGGACAGCCUUUGACAACAGCCCAAUUCCAUCCAGAUGGGCUCAUCUUUGGUACAGGAACAGCUGAUUCUCAAGUUAAGAUUUGGGAUUUGAAAGAGCAGUCAAACGUGGCUAAUUUCCCUGGUCAUUCUGGUCCAAUUACCGCUAUUAGCUUUUCCGAAAACGGAUAUUACUUGGCGACAGCCGCAGAAGACUCUUGUGUCAAACUUUGGGAUUUGCGAAAGCUUAAAAAUUUCAAGACACUUCAAUUAGACGACUCUUAUGAGGUGAAAGAUAUUUGUUUUGAUCAAAGUGGUACAUACCUUGCUGUGGCCGGAUCCGACAUCAGAAUUUAUUUGUGUAAGCAAUGGCAAGAACUAAAGGUACUGAACGAUCAUACGGCGACGGCUACAGGUGUUCGUUUUGGAAAGCAUGCGCAGUAUAUUGCUUCUACCAGUAUGGAUCGAACAUUAAAGCUCUAUGGAUUACCUUAAGCCUCAACAAGUAUCUAUUUAAUAACACGAAAAUAAAUUAUAUAAUUUCAAUUCAAAAUGGCAAAGUUGGUCAUUGUUUCUUUAGAAGAUACCAAUUUUUACUGAUAUUAUAGUGUUCUUAUAUUUUUUGACCUACUCAAUUAUCCAUAUUUCACUGCGUAUAUUGUUGGUACUUACUAUCAAUAUUACUGAUGAAAUAAGGGAAGGCAAUGCGUAGUUAUGAGUCUGAUCACUUAUAGAAGAUUCAAAGUUAUGCGUAAGUUGCCUUUUCAUAACAUAGUUAUCUUUUGUCAUGUUUAUAUCAAGAUACACUUACAGUACUACAAGGUGAUAAGUUUUGAUUUUCCCAUCCAUCUAAGAUUGAAGUUCGAAUUUUUUAAAUAUUUUAGCAAAUGAAUUAAACUCAUUUAUUUGGACAGAUGAAGAUUUUACACACUGUAACUUCAAACCCUGUUACAAUAUCAAUGAUAGAUGCUAAUGUUUUGAUUGAGAAGUCAAACUUUCAUUCAGAUUUUUUAAAUGGCUGGCCCCUAUCAAAAUGAUCAACCUCAAAGUGUUAUUGUUUAAAAAGCAUGUGAAUUUAAACUGAUCAUCUGGAUUCAGCUCCAAUUGCCAGGAUUAUUUGUAUUACAGUAUUUGGAAAAAUUUCUGCAAUUAAAAUCAAAACUUACGGCCGAAAUAAAGAUGUACUCUAAACUUAAUAUUAAUUAAAUUUCGAUAUCUGGUUUGUGAAGUUUUCUCAACUAGUAUUUUUACAAAAGUUUAGAAUCGGAACUGAGACUCAUCUCAAAAUAUCCAUAAAACCUUAGGCCAGCAAAAUACUAUGAAGUUUGACUAAUAAAAUUUUUGUACAAUUAUUUUGCGAUAAUAAUCAGAUAAAUGCCUUGUAAGAAAAAGGCCAGGAAAGUAUUAAGACAAGUUUUAAUGUCUUCUACAUUUAAAAGUGUUUAGCUGGUAUUCUGAAUCUGCAUCUUGACGAAAUUGUGAUCGAUGUGAUCACUGAUUCUAUUUCCACACAUAUUAUGAUUCUGCUGACUGGUAUAACAACCAUACUAAUUUUAUAACAUCAAUAAUUAAUUUAUGAAUCAUCUGUUCGUGAAAAUUCAUCAAGAGGAUAUCGUAAUAAAAGUUAUGCCGACUCGUCAAACUCUGAACAAUGGAAAUAUACAUCACCCAACUAUGGGUAAUGUAGCCUGUGUUUCAAAUAGUUGUAAUAAAUAUUUUAUAUAACAACUCAAUAACACUGCUUUCCGUGCAUCAUGAUUCCUACUGUUUAUGGACAGAUUUGGGGGGUGACACAA